CGCCGGGGGGGCGAGGGGUGGUUCGCGUGUGUUGUGGGGGGAAAGACCCCCCACACACACGUGAGGAAGGCGGGGAGCUGCGAGCGGCCGGACUGGGCGGAUUCGACGAGCGCCGUGGCGGUUGGCGAGGCGGCCCGGGGCGCAGCCUCCCCGGGUGCGAGAAGCGGUCUCCGCUCACAAGAGUCCCUUCUUCCGCCCGCGACACCCGGCAGGCGGGUCCCCGGGGCCUGAAGAGGCGGCCGCGGCGCGGGCCUGUGCCCCCGCCACCCCCCCGGCUCCCGGGGGACGCGCGAGCGGCCUUGUGAGGCGGCGGCGGCCGAGGUCGUCGGGGGCGGCGGGCGCGCUCCCUUUCGCGGCGGCGGCGGCGGCGGCGGCGGCGGCGGCAGGACAAUGGAGGUGGCGGUGGAGAAGGCGGCGGCGGCGGCGGGCGCGGUGGCUCUGGCGGCAGCCACCGGGGGGCCUUCGGCGGCGGCGGCGGCUGCAGCGGCGGCGCCGAGCGGGGAGAACGAGGCCGAGAGCCGCCAGGGCCCGGACUCAGAGCGCGGCGGCGAGGCGGCCCGGCUCAACCUGUUGGACACUUGCGCCGUGUGUCACCAGAACAUCCAGAGCCGGGCGCCCAAGCUGCUGCCCUGCCUGCACUCCUUCUGCCAGCGCUGCCUGCCGGCGCCCCAGCGCUACCUCAUGCUGCCCGCGCCCAUGCUCGGCUCGGCCGACACCCCGCCGCCCCUGCCCGGCCCGGGCCCCGGCCCCGGCCCCGGCUCGCCGGGCGGCAGCUCGUCGCCCUUCGCCACCCAAGUUGGAGUCAUUCGGUGCCCGGUUUGCAGCCAGGAAUGUGCAGAGAGACAUAUCAUAGAUAACUUUUUUGUGAAGGACACCACAGAGGUUCCCAGCAGUACAGUUGAAAAGUCUAAUCAGGUGUGUACAAGCUGUGAGGACAAUGCAGAAGCUAAUGGAUUUUGUGUAGAGUGUGUGGAGUGGCUCUGUAAGACCUGCAUCAGAGCUCAUCAGAGGGUGAAGUUCACAAAAGAUCACACUGUGAGGCAGAAAGAAGAAGUUUCUCCAGAGGCAGUUGGUGUGACCAGUCAGCGACCUGUGUUUUGUCCUUUUCAUAAAAAGGAGCAACUGAAGCUUUACUGUGAAACAUGUGACAAACUGACGUGUCGGGACUGCCAGUUAUUAGAACAUAAAGAACAUAGAUAUCAAUUUAUAGAAGAAGCUUUUCAGAAUCAGAAAGUGAUCAUAGAUACACUAAUCACCAAACUUAUGGAAAAAACAAAAUAUAUAAAAUUCACAGGAAAUCAGAUCCAAAACAGAAUAAUUGAAGUAAAUCAAAAUCAAAAGCAGGUGGAACAGGAUAUCAAGGUUGCCAUAUUCACACUGAUGGUUGAGAUCAAUAAAAAAGGAAAGGCCCUACUACAUCAGCUUGAGAGCCUUGCAAAGGACCAUCGCAUGAAGCUUAUGCAACAGCAACAGGAAGUGGCCGGACUUUCUAAGCAGUUGGAACAUGUCAUGCAUUUUUCUAAAUGGGCAGUUUCCAGUGGCAGCAGUACAGCAUUACUGUAUAGCAAGCGGCUGAUUACAUACCGGUUACGGUACCUCCUUCGAGCAAGGUGUGAUGCUUCCCCCGUGACCAACAAUACCAUCCAGUUUCACUGUGAUCCCAGUUUCUGGGCACAAAAUAUUCUCAAUUUAGGUUCUUUAGUAAUCGAAGACAAAGAGAGUCAGCCACAAAUGCCUAAGCAGAAUCCUGUCGUGGAACAGAAUUCACAGUCACCAGGUGGUUUAUCUUCAAACCAGUUAUCCAAGUUCCCAACACAGAUCAGCCUAGCUCAGUUGCGACUCCAGCAUAUGCAGCAACAGGUAAUGGCUCAGAGGCAACAGGUGCAACGGAGGCCAGCACCUGUGGGUUUACCAAACCCUAGAAUGCAGGGGCCCAUCCAGCAACCUUCCAUCUCUCAUCAGCAACCCCCUCCACGUUUGAUAAAUUUUCAAAAUCACAAACCCAAUGGUCCAGCUCUUCCUCCUCAUCCUCAGCAGAUGAGAUAUCCACCAAACCAGAAUAUACCACGACAAGCAAUAAAACCCAACCCCCUGCAAAUGGCUUUCUUGGCUCAACAAGCGAUAAAACAGUGGCAGAUCAGCAGCGGGCAGGCCCCCCCAUCAACUGCCAGCAGCACGUCCUCUACUCCCUCCAGCCCCACCAUCACUAGCGCAGCGGGAUAUGAUGGCAAGGGCUUUGGCUCACCUAUGAUUGAUUUGAGCGCACCAGUGGGAGGCUCUUACAAUCUCCCUUCUCUCCCAGAUAUUGACUGUUCAAGUACUAUUAUGUUGGACACUGUUAUUGUGCGGAAAGAUGCUAGUACAGAUCCUGGCCCGCCACGCCCGCCUUCAAACAGAACAGUCCAGUCGCCAAAUUCAUCGGUGCCAUCUCCAGGCCUUGCAGGUCCAGUUACUAUGACUAGUGUACAUCCACCAAUCCGUUCACCUAGUGCCUCCAGCGUUGGGAGCCGAGGAAGUUCUGGCUCUUCCAGCAAACCAGCAGGAGCUGAUUCCACACACAAAGUUCCAGUGGUCAUGUUGGAACCAAUCCGAAUAAAACAAGAAAACAGUGGACCACCUGAAAAUUAUGAUUUUCCUGUUGUUAUAGUGAAACAAGAAUCAGAUGAAGAAUCUAGACCUCAAAAUACUAACUAUCCAAGAAGUAUCCUUACCUCCCUGCUCUUAAAUAGCAGUCAGAGCUCUGCUUCUGAGGAGUCUGUGCUAAGAUCAGAUGCCCCUGAUAGCACAGGAGAUCAACCUGGACUUCAACAGGAGAAUUCCUCAAAUGGAAAGCCUGAGUGGCUGGAUGCCUCCCAGAAGUCACCCCUUCACGUCGGAGAGCUGAGGAAAGAGGACGACCCCAAUGAGGACUGGUGUGCAGUUUGUCAGAAUGGCGGGGAGCUCCUUUGCUGUGAGAAGUGUCCCAAAGUAUUCCAUCUUUCUUGCCAUGUGCCCACAUUGGCAAAUUUUCCGAGUGGAGAGUGGAUUUGCACUUUCUGCCGAGACUUAUCUAAACCAGAAGUGGAAUAUGAUUGUGAUGCGCCUAGUCACAACACAGAGAAAAAGAAAGCUGAAUGCCUUGCUAAAUUAACACCAAUAGAUAAAAGGAAAUGUGAAAGACUACUUUUAUUUCUUUACUGCCAUGAAAUGAGCUUGGCUUUUCAAGACCCAGUUCCUCUAACUGUGCCUGAUUAUUACAAAAUAAUUAAAAAUCCAAUGGACUUGUCAACCAUCAAGAAAAGACUACAAGAAGAUUAUUCUAUGUAUACAAAGCCUGAAGAUUUUGUAGCUGAUUUUAGAUUGAUCUUUCAGAAUUGUGCUGAAUUCAAUGAGCCUGAUUCAGAAGUAGCUAAUGCUGGCAUAAAACUUGAAAGUUAUUUUGAAGAACUUCUAAAGAACCUUUAUCCAGAAAAGAAGUUUCCUAAACUGGAAUUCAGGAAUGAAUCAGAAGACAAUAAAUAUAGUGAUGACUCAGAUGAUGACUUUGUACAGCCUAGGAAGAAACGCCUCAAGAGUAUAGAUGAACGCCAGUUGCUCAAAUAAACAGCACCAUUGAUGUGUGCUGAUUUUUAGAUUUUUUGUUUAUUUCAUUUUACAAAAAAUGCAUUUGGUCAGUAAUGUAAUGUCAUUACAAAGAAAGUUGUGACCACUCUGACUUGUAUGUUUUUGACACUUCCUGGACUUCGGUUUCCUUAAUAACUCCUUUCUUUUUAACUUUUUUAUUAAGAAAGAAAAAGAGUGGAAAGUUAGAGGGAAAAAGGAAGAAUCAUCAACAAGAUGAAAAGACAUUCUUGUUUUCCCCCAGUUCUUGAAUUUGAAAGCUACAAUCUGGGGUGCUAGCUAGAAGGAAAUAGACUUUGUAUGUUGAUGUGGUUUGGAUAUGUGCUUUGUUCAAUUUUUAGAAAGUACCACUACCCAUUAAUUAUGGCCCAACCAUGAUUUAGGAGAACUGUACUUAAGAUGUGUUCUCCAUGAACAUGAGUGGGUAAUAAGAGAUCUAUUCCAGGAUGCCAACUGGUGCAUCAAAAAAGUAGAUUAGAUGCUGUUAAGAUGGCACCUAAUAGUGUAUCAUGUAAGAUGGCAACUGUAUUAAAGGAAAAGCAGGAAAACAAA